AACGCUUAAAACAUUGGUUCUUGCCAGGUUGUUUGUGUGCUAACAUUGCAUGUUUUUACGACACUGAAGCUAGAAGACUCUUUGCACAAGAGUUCUCAUGGCUCCCUUUUUGUUCCUGUCUAGAGUAACUGCAGCCAUGUUUUUGUGUCCCACAAGGAAUGCCUUUUAUCAUGUGACAUGGGAACAGCUGUUUCCCAUCAGGCCCCAGUCAGCCAACAAGCCAGUCAGUCAGCUGCAGGCCUGUAGACUGCCUGUAGUCAGCCAGUGUUCUCCCUGCUCCCUGGAUCAGAUCAGAGGGGCCAGUGUGAGCAGACGGGAGACCAAAAGAGUUUGGCCAAAAUGCCUCCAACUCGAGGGUCAUCCCAAUUUGUUCUCCCAUGUCCACGCUGCUCGUCAGGCCUCUCGCCCUGCGGAACGUGCAAAUCCAGUAGGGCAGCCUGCCUGAGAGGAGAGAGCUGGGGCCAUCUGGGAGUGAUUACCCAGGUUGUAUUUUCCCAUUGUUUCCCGUCUGCUCUCUGCUAGGCUCUGCUCUGCUUUCUCUCUCCCUGUUCUGUUGGCUGGGCUCCCCUGGACUGUUCAGGCUUUAAUCCUGUGUUAUUUAUGAUGGGUAAUGUUUGGCAGAGCUUAUGCGCAGCCCACCGCCAAAUUAGCACAAUUUAGCCGCUUCAACAGGAGAAGGAGUUUGCUCAGCGAUACGUAGAGAGAGAUCCAAAUCUCGGUCUCUCUCUCUGGUUCUCUGUCUCAUUCUCUCUCUCUGAUUUGUUCACCCUCAUUUUCUCUCCCUUUCUCUCGGUCUCUUUCUCUCCGUGACUCUCCUCUGGCAGCUACUUUCUCUACAUCAUCUUCUCCCAUUUCCAAUUUCAGUAGGGGCCCUGCUAGCAUGUAAAGACAUGAGAUUACACUAGUGUACUUAUUCACUGAGUGAAAAUUACAUUUUCGGAGCAUGUUUGUGGGAUCUGGAGUCCUGUCCUACUAAUCACAUAUGUGCUCCUUGUGAUGCUGCUGGGAGCUGGCAGCCAGGGGAGACAGGAAAGGAUCAUCUGUGGUCAAGCCCCUGACCAAAAAACAGACUAUUGCGCCUGCCAUUUUGAGGAAGAUGUGAGUUUUCUUUGUCUCCAGUUCAGCCUGUGGCUCUCAGUCAGCUAGCUCUGCUAUCCUGCACAGUACAUGUUGAGAGUUGAGGAAUUGCGGUGGUAGUUUUCCAUUUCCAUUUCCUCCCGGCAGAGCUCAGCGCUCUCUGUGCUCAGUCCCUCCUGUCUGGGCUGGUUUGUGCUGCUGUGUGGCAUAGCAGCUCCCCGUCUUCAUUACUGUCACAUCCAUUAGGACAGACCGAAUGGGCCGACAGGACAGACAGCCCCUGCUUGCUAAUUUGACGUCUCAACAGCUGUUCCUAAUAUCCCUCAUUCAAGUUAACGUACUGUAUAUGUAUGCACUGUAUAGGGGAGGCAUAGCAAAUGGGCCUGACUUGCCCUGAGGCUGUCAUUUGAAAAGCACUCACAGCAAACUCUGUAGCGGAACUGGGAGUUGAAGGUUAGGGGUGCAAAGGGGAGGUUCGGUACGAUGUUCCUCAAUCCAGAAAGUUGCUGGUAACAAACCACCGCUAUGUCCUCCAGCGUUUUGGCUGUUAAGUGUGAGUCCAUGGGAAGAGUAUUCUCUAUCUGGACUCUGGGCUGUACGUGUCAGAGUUCCACAGUCUCCUACUCCCUAACAUGAUUACCGCUCCCCUGGCCUCCCCUGGCCUCCCCUGACCUCCCCUGGCCUGGCCUCCCCUGACCUCCACUGGUCUCCCCUGGCCUGCUCCGGCCUCCCCUGACCUCCCCUGGCCUGGCCUCCCCUGACCUCCGCUGGUCUCCCCUGGCCUGCUCCGGCCUUCCCUGACCUCCGCUGGUCUCCCCUGGCCUCCCCUGGUCUUCCCUGGCCUUCCCUGACCUCCGCUGGUCUGCCCUGGCCUCACCUGGCCUGGCCUACACUUCACAGCACAAUACAACACAGCACAGCACAGUGGAGCAGAAGGUUGAGAUUUGCUACACACUCAGACCAACAUACAGGGAAGGAGAUCAGGGUAUGGGGUAGGGAGGGAGGGAGGGAGGGAGGGAAAGUAAGUAAUGUUCAAGGCUUAUGGAUAGAGAGAGGUUGAUGGAGUUAAACUUGUGGUUUCUAGGUAUUUAUGAGGUAUGUGUGGACAAGGUAGGGAUAGAGGGGUGGUCUGUGUUGGUCUCAGAUCUACAGAGCUACGCUAAACUGGGCAUUAAAAGAGAAAAGAGACUACACACACAGGCUAAAUACUGAAGAAUUUGACCUACAAGAAUUGAAUAGCAAAACAUUCCAGUAAAAAUGGUAAACAGCAUUCCAUUCCGUAUUCUCAGGUAAACACACUGCUGCUCAGUGGGACUCUAACUAGCAUAAUUAUGGUGUCACACAUGUCUUUGUCUUCAGACUCCCGUGGCCACUAACAAUAUAGUACACACUGUUUUGACAGACCUCCAUCAUUUUUCUGUCACGAUAAUAAGGUCGUAGCGUUGUAAGCAACAACAGCGAGUACGCAAAUUAUAUUCCUACCCAAAUGUCAGGCACUUCUGUGAUUACGCUCAUUUGCAUACAGGUGAUACAACACUGGUGCUUUGCAUAGAUGGGCUUACGUUGUUUACAACAUCAGCUUCCCUUGAUAACCACCAACUGAAACAAAACUAUUCAAAAACAUGUUGUUUCUCUGGAAAGGAGUACUGGGAAGUUAUAGUUUAAAUAUGAACAUACUCAUUAAAACAUUCUGGAAGUUUCCAGGAAGCUUUUUUGGGAAUGAGUCCAUGUAGGAUUCAUGGAUUGGCUGAAAGGCCUUAUUCACUUUUGAGUGUGUACACGAAUUCAACCUAGACACAGAGGAAUGUCUUACAAUCUCGUACAAUGUAACGUAAUGUCUUGCAGUGUAUAUAGAAUAUAGUGCCUGGUAUUGAAGUGUCGGACAAUGUAAUGUAAUCUAUGCAGUGAACUGUAAUGUCAUGUAAUCUGGUUUGGGGGAGACAGAGGAGAUUACAUGCUGGCUGCAGGGGGCUAGGGAGGAGGGGAGAAAGGAGGGGGGCUUCAGUAACUGUGUUGGGAAUAUAAUGAAAAGAGCUGCGGAGAAGGGAUGAGGAAUUUCUCCAAUUUAUGAGAGCAUGAUGUCCCUCAGGGUGUAGUCACUAACUCACUCAUUCAUCCGGAACGGGCUGGAGAGACAAUCACUGGGCUGGCUGGGGGACUCUGGGACUGACUGUAAUGGCCUAGACUGAAAUGCUGUGGAGUCUCUCUUCUCCUGUCUUCUCUUGUCUUUUCUUCUCUGCUCUUCUCUUCUGUUCUCUUCUGUUCCCUUCUCUAGGCCUUUGUUAACUGGGCCAGUGUCUGUAGAACAAUACAUUCUCAGUUUCUAAAUGUCAUCAGGAGUAGACGGGCCGUCGUCGCUCCCUGACAAAACUCAGUGUCUUUAUAGUCCGUAUAGAGCCUCGCACAAGUGCAUCAUUCCGCCAGCGCUCCCCCCCCCCACAGGCUGCACUCACUAACUAGCAAUGCACUGCGAUUGUGCCAGGUUGUUAUUGAGUAUGAUGCAUCGAGUCAUUGCUAAUGGCCGUUAAAACCUUGAAAGUUGUUGAGCGUGUGUUUGCCACCUAGCCAGCUUGUUAAAUGGCUCUUGCGGAAUAUCCUCCUAUCUCCUCUUGAAGUGUUUGAUGGGGGUAAACAAGGUGGGGAAACAUUAACUGGCGAGGUUUUAUUUUGGUCAAUGGAUACCUCACACGUCGAACAACGUUCCGGGGGAGUCGUAAAUGGGAUUGUGAUGCAAAUGCAAGUGGUUUGCCUGUGUGUUUGUACGUUCCCUCGGGGCUGGAGUGGAGAGUGACAGUUGAGACACAGCUGGUAGAGAGUUCGUCUAAUCAGACGGAGCGGGUGGUAGGCCUGUAUUACUAUAGAACAUCGAGGAUUUGGCACACCACCCCGGGGGCCACUAUUGCACAAUACAAUGUCCAGCUACCUCAAGUGACCUGUCAUCGACUGCCUCUGCUCAGACUUUAGUCCUUGCACUUCUAGAGUCUGGCCAUAAGAGUCUUGAAUGUUGCACAGUUCUCCGUGAUGACUUCAGACAGAACCCAGCGGAUGUGAUUGUGGCAGCGGGCGAGCCUGCCGUGCUGGAGUGCCAACCGCCCCGCGGGCAUCCUGAGCCCACCAUCUCAUGGAGGAAAGAUGGCACCAACAUCAACGACCGGGAUGAGCGCAUCACGAUCCGCGGUGGGAAGCUGAUGAUCACCAACGCCAGGAAGAGUGACGCAGGGAAAUAUAUCUGUGUGGGGACCAACAUGGUGGGAGAGAGGGAGAGCGAGAUUGCCGAACUGACUGUACUAGAGCGCCCAGGGUUUGUGAAGAGGCCCAGUAGUGUUAUGGUGCUGGCAGAUGAGAGUGUGGAGUUCCACUGUGAGGCGCGGGGAGAUCCGGUCCCCACUGUCCGCUGGAGGAAAGAGGAUGCAGACCUGCCCAAGGGGAGGUAUGAGAUCCUGGAGGACCACACUCUGAGUGUGCGUGGUGUGGCACCAUCAGACGAGGGCUCCUACACGUGUGUUGUAGAGAACAUGGUGGGAAAGGCAGAGGCGUCCGCUACGCUGACCGUACACGUCUUCACUGUGCCCCCAGCGUUCGCCAUGCGCCCCAGAAAUCAGGUGGUGGCAGUUGGGAGAAUGGUCACCUUCCAGUGUGAGGCCACUGGCAACCCCCAGCCUGCCAUCUUCUGGCAGAGGGAGGGCAGCAAUAGCCUGCUUUUCUCCUACCAGCCGCCUCAGCCCUUCAGCCGACUUUCCGUGUCCCAGACAGGCAGUCUGACAAUCGCAGACGCCCAGCGCUCAGACGCCGGCUACUACAGCUGUCAGGCCCUCAACAUCGCUGGCUCUGUCAUCACCAAGGCCCUGCUGGAGGUCACUGACAUGGUGUCAGACCGCCCCCCUCCCGUGAUCCGACAGGGCCCAGCCAAUCAGACAGCACCUGUGGACAGUACAGUGGUCCUGGGUUGCAUAGCAACAGGAACCCCCACUCCAACAGUCCAUUGGAAGAAAGACGGGGUGGUGGUGUCCUCCGAUGACUCCCGCAUCACUCAGAUAGACACAGGAGCCCUGCAGAUCCGUUACACUAAGCUUGGAGAUACAGGCGUAUACACCUGUUUGGCGUCCAGCCCCAGUGGAGAGGCAUCCUGGAGGGCCUACGUGGAGGUGCAAGAGUUUGGAGUGGUUGUCCAGCCGGGUCGACCCACAGACCCUAACCUGAUCCCCAGUGCCCCGUCCAAGCCUGACGUGACUGACGUCAGCCGCACCUCUGUCACACUGUCUUGGAAACCCAACCCUAACGCUGGGGCCACGCCCACCUCCUAUGUCAUUGAGGCAUUCAGUCACGCGUCGGGGAGUAGCUGGGUGACUCUGGCUGAUCAUGUGAAGACGGAGACCUUUGUCCUGAAGAACCUCAAACCAGGUGCCGUCUACCUGUUCCUGGUUAGAGCAGCCAACGCCUACGGCCUCAGUGACCCCAGCCCCAUCACUGAUGCCGUCAGAACACAAGACACCCCUCCCACCAGCCAAGGAGUGGACCACCGUCAGAUCCAGAGGGAACUGGGGGACGUGGUGGUCAAUCUGCACAACCCCACCAUCCUCUCCUCCUCCUCCGUCAGGGUGCAGUGGACGGUGGAGCAGGAGUCUCCGUACAUACAGGGCUAUAAGGUGAUGUACAGGGCGUCUGCUGAUCUGGGCCAGCCAGGUGGGCAGUGGGGCGUGUUCGAGGUGCGGACCCCUGGAGAGGACGGUGCUGUGGUGCCUCAGCUGAAGAAAGGGGUCACCUACGAGUUCAAAGUGCGUCCCUUCUUUGAUGAAUUUCAGGGAGCGGACAGCGAGGUUAAGGUGGCCAGGACGCUGGAGGAAGCCCCCAGCGGAGCCCCUCGGGGUGUUACCGUGACGAAGAGCGAUGCCAACGGGACUGCCAUCCUGGUCGCCUGGCAACCACCUUCCGAAGAGGAACAGAACGGAAUGGUACAGGAGUACAAGAUCUGGUGCCUGGGCAACGAGAGCCGUUACCACGUCAACCGGACAGUAGAUGGCUCCACCUUCUCCGUGCUGAUCCCCAGCCUUGCGCCAGGGAUACGCUACAGCGUGGAGGUCGCCGCUAGCAACGGCGCCGGCCCUGGGGUCAGGAGCGAAGUCACCUUCUUUCAACUUGACUCUACAGGUCAGAUGAUGGACAGCUCUGAGGACCAGGACACACUGUCUCAAAUCUCAGACGUGGUCAAGCAGCCGGCGUUCAUCGCGGGCAUCGGUGCCACCUGCUGGGUGGUCCUCAUGGUGUUCAGUGUGUGGCUGUAUCGUCACCGUAAAAAGAGGAGUGGCCUCAGCAGCAGCUACGCCGGCAUACGCAAAGUUCCAUCAUUCACUUUCACUCCUACAGUGGCCUAUCAGAGAGGAGGAGAGUCUGUCUGCAGUGCUGGGAGACCUGGGCUGCUGAACAUGGGGGAGAGUGUAAACCAGCCGUGGCUGGCAGACUCCUGGCCCAACGCAUGUGCCAACCACAAAGACUGCAACAUCAACUGCUGCAACAGUGGCAACGGCACCAGCGACAGCAACAUGACUACCUACAGCCGCCCAGCCGACUGCAUCGCCAACUAUGGCAGCCAGCUGGAGAAGCAGCAGGGGGUUCUGCUGGGGCCCGAGCAGGCUGUGUACAGCGACGUGGACCUCUCCAACAAACUUAACGAGCUCAAGACUUUCAACAACCCCAGCCUGUGCUACGUGGGCCCAGGGGGAGGGCCGCCCACCCCCUACGAGCCCACCCCCUAUGCCACCACCCAGCUCAUCCAGUCCAGCAUCCUGAACAAGGCUGCAGCAGCUGGGGCCGGGGCCCCUGACAUCCGCUGUUGGAACCAGCCCCCCUCCCACCUGCAGAAAACACAGAUGCAGUACAACAUCAUGGAGCAGAACAACAGACUUAAUAAAGACCACUAUAGAGGAGAUGGGCCUCUGCAAGGCACCGUCCCCUAUAACCAGGCCCACGAACACAGCACAGGAGGCUCCCACCACAGUUCUGACAGGGGCAGCAGCAGUACCUCUGGGAGCCAAAGUCAUAAGAAGGGAACUCGCACUCCCAAACUUCCCAAAACUAACACAGUGAACUGGGGUGAACCUCUGCCCCCUCCCCCUGCCAACCCCCCACCAAGCCGGAGCUGUGAUGAGUAUACCCUGCCCAUGGAAAAAAGCUUUAACCCAGAUGCCCCGUGCCCAAUGCUUACCUCACGGAUGUACCUGCAUCCGGAUGAGAUGGAGGAGGAAGAGCAGGACGCGGAGGAGGGGAUGGAUAGGUGUCCCACCCCCCCUGUUAGGGGGGCAGCCUCUUCCCCUGCGGGUAUGUCCUACAGUCACCAGUCUACAGCCACUCUUACCCCCUCCCCCCAGGGAGAUCAGCACAACGGCCUACACAACGGAACAGACCACCACAGACAACACGCAGCCAGCCCACCUCCUCCCCCGCACCCCCUCUCCCCCCCACACACCUACGGCUACAUCUCCAGCCCCCUGGCACUGGACACUGACGGCCAGGAGGAAGAGGAGGAGGAUGAAGAAGAGGAAGGGGAUGAGACGGAUGCAGAGAUGGCCCAGGGUCACUACCACCAGCACCAAAAUAACCCCCAGCCCCACCAGAAACAGCCCCACCACCAGCACCACCCUCCCCCACGCAGGCUGCACCUCCGAGGGUUGGAGCAGACGCCGGCCUCCAGCACUGGGGACCUGGAGAGCUCUGUGACGGGCUCCAUGAUCAACGGCUGGGGCUCGGCCUCCGAGGAGGACAAUGGCUCGUCAGGACGCUCCAGUGCUGUCAGCUCCUCAGAUGGAUCCUUCUUCACAGACGCAGACUUCGCCCAGGCUGUGGCCAACACUGGAGACUACACAGCAGGCCUACGCAUGGCCAGGUUCCCAGAGGACACAGGGCCAGCAGGGCGAAGGAGCCAGCGUCCCAGCAGCCCCCUGUCCACAGACAGCAACAUGAGCUCUGCAGUGAUGCAGAAGAGACCGCCCAAGAGGCACAAGCAGCACCAGGCCCAGGCUGGCCACCAAGGCCACCAGCAGAGGAACGACUUCACUGACGACUCGUGUAUGCCCUUGAAGUCUCCUAGUCACAUGUCGCGGUGUGGCUAUGAGGUGAGGGGGGCCACACUCCCUAGGAUUGGCUCUGGGGAGGGACGGGGCCGGAGAGGGAGUGCAGGGGGCCAGAGGACCAGAGAGGGCUCUGUGGAGAGACGGGAGGCGCAGGACAAGAACAGGACUCCACAGGGAGGCAAAGGGAGCAACAAAGGUCGUCAACACCCAGGUUCUGAAGACAUCCUCCCAUACAGCAGGCCCUCGUUCCCCUCUCUGCAGGGCCAGAGCCAGGGUCAGAGCUCCUCCAGCUCCAUGUCCUCCCGGGGCUCAGGGGGACGGAGGAGAGAUGGGGCCCGCAGGAACCCCACAGACACACUGCCCAGCAUCGCAGGCUUCCAGACCCAGGAAGAGGAACUAGAGCUGCUGGAGAGCUGAGGAUCAUGGGAGGAGGACAGGAAACUCCCACAGUGCCCUCACAGGAAGGCUUGAAUCUGACAUCAGUGACUAUUAUGUAAAUUACUUUUCUUAUCAUACAGAAUAAGGGGGGGGGGGGGGGAAACAUAACAUUACUUAUUAUUAGUUUUUCUUUUGACCAUUUCUCAUUUGAUGCCAUUUUGGAGGGGAAAAAAGAAAGUGUGAGGGGAAAAAAAGUGCGAUCACGUUUGUCUGUGCACCCACUGGUACGAAGCACUAUUAGAUCAUUGUUUACAUGAGUUGUUGGUUGAGAACUGGCCUCUAUGGUGAGCUAGUGACUAAUAUGAAAGUACAUGCACAUUAGAUGACUGUUGUAUACAGAUACCUUGUCUUGGACCACCUUCUGUGGUGCCCCAGACUGGUCUUGACAUGUCUGUUGCGCCUGUUAUAUUACUGUAAUUAAUAUUUGGACUUCACCAUCCAUCUUGUAAAUUGUUCCGUCAUUUUGCUGCCACAAAAUUGCCUACAAUGGGAUUUUUACAUUUAGUUUUUAAUGUAUUUUUGUAAUGCACUGUUAUUGUUUUGUUAUUGAUGUUGGUCUUUGUCAAUGUGCGUUAUUUGUUCUACUUUGGUUUCAAAAGCACAAUCACUUAACUUUAUUUUAAACCAUUUGGUAUCUAUGACGUUCCGUCUUAAAAGAGGAACAAUGAUUAAAAAAAAUAAUGUUGUCGAUCGUCUUCUGUAUACGAUUGGACGAGUGUUAUGUGUCUUAAUAUUCUGUUUCUGUUGGGAUUGGGAUGGAAACGAGACUCCCCUGUCUAGCUUAGGUUUAAUUGAAACCAGAGUGAUCAUUUGGACUGAAGGGGACACUGCCCAAAGCAGUGACCACAUUUAUCCAUUUAUUAUGACACAAACUACUGUGUUGGUCGGAUUAUACCCUCAUGUCUACAAAUGCACUUAUGAGGAAGUGAGAGAGACCGUUAGACAACCUGAGGCACACAUUGUACCAAUAGAGAAGGGUGAGGAAGCCUCAUUUCUCUUAGUAGUAGUCUCCUUUCCAGAUAAGUUAAGGGUGGAAAUGUUGACGGAUCCAUCCUGGAAAAUGGACUUCUCCGUGCCUGGUGAUGGGUGGCAUUUUGUCCAUGAGCAAGCAAACACACACAGUGACACAUCCACCAUUGUUUCCCAGCAAGACAGGGUUGAAGGAAGUGAAAUGAAUACUGACCCAAAAGAAGGACUAAAGAAGAAGACUUGAAAAUCCUGCAGCUUGGAGAUGGAACAGCUUGUUGUUGUUGGGUUUAGGUUCUUUAGGUUCUUUAUGGCUACAUCAAGGCCAAGCUUUACAAGAGUCCAUUUCUUUACUUCCUACACAUGUACAGAAUGUGUGAAACUAUGUUCACUGAGGGCACCUGACAUUUGUUUGGAGUUUGUUUUAAAGAAUUACACUACUAUGUUCAUGAUGUCAGCCAUGGCAUUUCAUUACUUGGGUAUGUUUAAAACGGGAUAGAAAAGAAAAAAAACAUUGUCAUUUUAUCACAUUAUUUAUUAUUAAAAUGUCUUCAAAUGCCAAAUGCAA